UUUUUAGGGAAAAAAAAACACUCGGACAAAUAGGGUUGUGAGUAUUGUUUAUAUGUUAGCUUAAAACAUCGGUGUCACAUAAUGAAGAAAUAAUUCUAGUUUCACGUAGUCUGCGACCAUAUAUUUGACAUGGCUACUUUAUGGAGCUCUAAAGUAUAUUUGUAUCGCUGUGUUUUGUCGAGAAUAAGUAGGACGGUCCCUGCAAGAGGCCUUCAAAGGAGUUUGUGUCCGUGUCAAGGUGAAAAAUGUUUGUGUAGACAACCAAGCUAUCCCUGGUGGAAUGUUGCCAAGAGGCCUUUCUCCCACGGUGGUGGGGCAGUCGUGGAGCAGCAGACCUUGGAUAGCAUCGCCAAGAACAUCCGAGAGCAUCAGUACAAGAGAGUGGUUGUAAUGGCCGGGGCAGGGAUCAGCACUCCCAGUGGAAUCCCGGAUUUCAGGUCACCUGGUAGUGGCCUCUACGACAACCUGCAGCAGUAUCAUCUGCCUUACGCCGAGGCUAUUUUUGAAAUUAACUUUUUUCACCACAAUCCCAAACCAUUCUUUGCUCUGGCCAAGGAGUUAUAUCCCGGGAAUUACCUUCCUAAUUCUGCACACUACUUUGUGCGGCUCCUUCAUGAGAAGGGUCUGCUUCUCAGGAUGUACACGCAGAAUAUCGACGGCUUGGAAAGAUUGGCAGGGAUUCCGCCUGGGUCGCUCGUGGAGGCCCACGGGACGUUUGCCAGCGCUACCUGCACUGUUUGCAGACGCAAAUACGACGGAGAAGAACUACGACCGGACGUGAUGAUGGGAGUGAUUCCUAAAUGUCCGACUUGUAAGGGCGUCGUAAAGCCAGACAUCGUCUUUUUUGGCGAGGAGCUUCCACGUCACUUCUUCAAGUACCUCACAGACUUCCCACUCGCAGAUCUCCUCAUCGUCAUGGGCACGUCACUGGAAGUGGAGCCCUUUGCCAGUCUCGCUGGAGCUGUGCGCGGAUCUGUUCCCCGACUCCUCAUCAACAGGGACCUCGUCGGACCGUUUGCAUCGAGGAACCGUCGACGCUGUGACGCUGCGCUGCUGGGCGACGUAGUGGGCGGCGUGCAAACGUUGGUCGAUGCCGUCGGUUGGACUCAGGAGCUGGAUGCUCUCAUGGCAAGUGCCGUUAAGAAAACUGAAACAAAGGCUACAGAAGAAUGAUGGCUCUCCCAGCGCAUCUUCAGCACAUCUUGGAAAAAAAAAUUGUGAAAGGUGGACCACUUUUGCAUUAAAUUUACUUUCUGUACACAACAAAUGUGAACUCAAACAUGAGGUUUCAUAAAAUUUAGAGCAUGGGUCCAAAUGCGGCCCGCGAACCGCUAGUUUGAGGCCCCCCACCUUGAUACCAAAGUUGAAUGUUGAAAUGACAGCUUAAAGCUGUGUGCACACCGGACACAAUUAACAUGAUUUUGCCCCGCCCAUACUGUUACCCCGCCCUGUUUUGCUUUGGAUUAGCGAUGAAGCUAAAGGCUUAUGACGCCGGGUACAAAUAAAUGCAGGAAAUGAUUUGGAAUAAAAACGGAAAAUACACGUCAAGCAUAAAGCCUCUCAUCAAACAUGUUGUUAAAGUACGAUGCUAACUUGCUAAUUGGGUCAAAUUAUGAAGUUUCAUUAAUGUUCAUGUUAAAGGUUAAAUAACUGUUAAUACUGAGACACAUGCUAACUCGCAAACUGGAGAGCUAGCGACCUAAACGGUAGCCUCCAAGUUAUUUCCUUUCAACUUAAAAGGCCAAAAACUUACCACUUCCA